CUGUACGCGUUGCUGUCCGUCAACAGAUUUGAAAACAACAGCGUCACUGCGAAAUUAGUGCCGUCUUUGCACCUUUUCAACAUAUAUACACACCUGAAAUCAAAGUUUUCUGUUUCUGAAGGGUUACCGGACAACUUUACCAACUUUUCUGUUGAGUGUCAUUAUCCUCGGACGGCUUUUUGGAGACGGUGACGACGCUUCAAAAGUGAAAUGAAUUGAAAGGGGAAGUGAAACUUUACGGAGCUACUCUGAGCUAAAAGUGCAACUCCAGAUUUGUGUAGCAACCUGCUACAUCGCCUGACACGAACAACAUGAUGCCACCAGAUCAUGUAUUCUUCAUCAUAACAGAAAAACCUGAGUAUCCUCAACACAUCCAACCUGGACGCAUAUGUUACCUGCCACGAUAUAAAUACACAGGAGAACUCUCGAAACCUGAUCCUGUCAUGAAGCUCAGUGUCACUGUCCUUCCCACAAGUACGGGUCUAGAUUAUAUGAUUGAAAAGAGCUGCCUGGGGGCGCUAACUGCAGAGGAAGCUGAGCUGCUGCUGGCCCUCCAGGAUGACCCUGAGAGGCUGAAAUGGUUCAGGGACAAAGAGGCUCUCCGAACAGCUCUGGGACUCACUGUGGGCACCGCAGUGACUGUGGACGAAGACGGAAAGCAACUGAGAGGCAUCAUUCGCUAUAUUGGACGGAUGGCUGAGCCGUCCUACCUCGUCCCCAUAUCGGGCACAUUCUUUGGGAUUGAACUGCAGGGAGCCGACAGACGGAAGGGGAAGACCGACGGGAACUAUCAGUAUCGACAACUUUUCAAGUGUGACAGAAAUUGUGGCAUUUUUGCCCCAUUUUCCAGGAUACGGCCUGUGGUCCCCAGUUCUCUGUCACCCCCUGUCUCUACCCCCUCUCAUGAGACACAAACAGACGAGCUGCUUCCAGGAGAAAGGGUCACUUGCUUCAUCGGUGACUGCCUUCGCCACGGCAUGGUGGUGGACGUGAAAGAAGAGGAUGGAAAACACUUCGUCCGGAUCUCCACUGACACAGAUGAGAAUGGGAAGAGAGGAGGAGAAGUUGUAGUCCCACUUGAUUCUGUCGCUAAAGGAGAGGUGCCUGCAGGACCGGAGAGCAUGGACGUGGACUCUCCGCCAGACAAAGCCCUGGACCAUGCUCUGCAGAUGAGUCUGAACUCUAUGGUGGAGGUGUCCGUGGCUUCAGGAAACGCCUAUGGAAUCAUACGCUGGAUCGGCAACUUACCUAACCGAGACGAUGUCAUGGUUGGAUUGGAGCUGGAGGGGGAGAUGGGGGUGAGUGACGGGAGCUUCAAAGGGGAGCAGUACUUCCAGUGUCCCCCCCGGAGGGCGCUGUUUGUGAAGCUGAGCUCCUGUCGCCCUGACUCACGCUUUGAGAACAGCUUAGCCAAUCACAACAAGGUGCUCCCAGAGCUGGACGACAAAGAUUGCAGCUCAUGGACGCUGGAGACUGUUCCUCCUAUCAGCACAGAGCAAGUUAAUCAGUGCCUGAUUGGACGGAUGAAGGGGAUCCAGGGCCACUGUAACUCCUGCUACGUGGAUGCCACCCUCUUCGGUUUGUUUUCCUGCUCCUCAGUGUUGGACUCCAUGUUGUUCAAAUCAAUAACACCUCAGGACGCCCCAAUCCAGAGGACUCUGCUCCGUGAUAUUGUCAACCCCCUCCGCAGUACCGGUUUCGUGGAGGGGCGGCACAUCAUGAAGCUCCGGCAGCAGCUGCAGAAACACGGCUACAGCCACUCCUUCACCACGGAUGAGAAGGAUCCAGAGGAGUUCCUCAAUGUCAUCAUGCAUCGGAUUCUGGCUCUGGACCCCUUACUGAAACUGUCAGCCGCGGGUAAAGUGCAGGAGAGUUACUUCUAUCAGAUUUUCCUGGAUCAGAACCACAGUCUGGUUCUCCCGACGGUCCAGCAGCUUCUGGAACAUUCCUUCCACAGCUCAGGACUCAAGCUGGCAGAGGUGCCGUCCUGCCUCAUCCUACAGAUGCCUCGCUUUGGGAAGAAAUUCAAGAUGUUUGACAAAAUUGUUCCCUCUCUGGAGCUGGACAUCACUGACCUCCUUUCUGAGGGUCCUCAGCAGUGCAGGCUGUGUGGAAAUCUGGCUGUGGAAGAAUGCACAGAUUGUUUUCAGGAUCCUGUUUUCAGCCCAACAGGAUUUAAAGUCUUCUGCAGGACGUGUUCAGAUCAGGUCCACCUCCAUCCGCAGCGCCGGGCCCAUAAGCCGGCCCCCCUGCACAUCCCCAGAGACUACCUGAGCCGCGGCGGCCCGUACGCCCUCACCAGGGAUAAACUGGAGCUGUUCGCCGUGCUCUGCAUCGAGACGAGCCACUAUGUGUCCUUCGUCAAACACGGGCCGAGCAGCCAGGACUGGAUCUUCUUCGACAGCAUGGCCGACAGACAGGGGGAGAUGGACGGCUUCAACAUCCCCGAGGUGACAGCCUGCCCCGAGGUCGGCGCCUACCUGGAGAUGUCCCCCGCCGAGCUGGCCAAUCAGUCGCCCCGAGACAUGAAAGGUGUGGCCAAGCGCCUGUUCUGCGACGCCUACAUGUACCUGUACCAGAGUGCCACCAUGUCCCUCUACCGCUGAUUUCCUACUGGUGUUCCCUUCCAUCGGGUUCUUUUUCUUUUUCUUAAUUCAAAGAAAGGUGUUUUAGAAUAAUUUAUAUAAUAUAAACAUAUAUAUACGUCUGUAAAUUGGAAGGACAAGAUAAAUUGAGGUGGAAGUCUCAGUAAUUUUUUUUUGCACUAGUUUGCAGUCAGCUGAGAAAACUGCAAAGGACCUGUUUUACUGUCAUGUGUGGGUCGCUGUCUGUCUUCAAAUAAUCUACAGCACCUUUCAGUCAGAAAUUCCAAAAUGAAGACAAGAUAGUAAUUCCUCUAUGGGUUGUGAAUCCCAACGCACAAAAAUGUUGUAGAUGUCAUUAAUCUAUUCCAAAAGUAAAGGUGGGAAAUGUUCUGCUGUUAAUUGUAAUGAGCUUUGUUCAGAUUCUGCCUCUUUAAUCUCACCUCAGGAAAUUAAAUGAAAAGGCUAUUUUAGAUCUUUCCUAGUGAUGGGGCCUUUGGUAUUUUUUGGGAACAAAGCAGAAUGAAACCUGCAUUCAAAUGGCUGCUUAGCUUUUCUUGCUGAACUUUUGAUAUGGACUACAAUAAAUGAGCGAUUAAGAAGUG